AGUACGAUUUUAGUUCCCGGACUAUUCGAGUGCUACCAUUAAAAAGCCAUCAACCGUUUUCUGUCCAUAAUAGCUUUAGUAUAGGUACCACUGCCUACUACCAUUCGUAUAUAGGUAUAGCAGUCAAGUGGCCUCAGUCGGGCGAAGAACUGUCUUUCCGCUUCCCGAUUAAAAGAAAACCAAAAGACAAAUAUCAUGAGCGAAACAUCGCCCAGAGGAAAUGAAGGGGACACGAGAUCCGUUAUACAGGAAAACGUCACUCGGAUCGUGUACGUGAACAAACCGCACGCGGAAACAACGACAGCGGCGGUAUCGGCGAUCACCACGUCCUCCUCGCACUACGACCAAAGCUCGUCAGACUCUACCACUAUUUGCACUCUUAACAACGUGCUGCCGCCAAUGGGUUAUGACUACCAACACCAUCCGCCGUUAGCCAGCCUCCAGAUCGGCGGAUCUGUGGUUCCACCGCCACCACCCGUGUACGGCACGUCGCCCGACGAACACCAGUACUCGCCCACAGUGGCGAACGUUGGCAGCGGCACCAACUGUUACAUGCAGACCGAGAUCAAAUCCAGCUCAAGAGUCCGGUCGUACGAAUCCGAAAGAGACUAUAAAAAAUCCGCUUGUGACAGAGAACGGACCAGAAUGCGAGACAUGAACAAGGCUUUUGAUCUUCUGAGAAACCGUUUACCCAAGAGUAAACCUCCCGGAAAGAAACUCUCUAAAAUCGAGUCGUUGAGGAUGGCCAUACGGUACAUUAGACAUUUACAAGCGAUCUUGGAGUAUGGACCAGAGUACGAGACAAAACUGUACACUGUGCCGUCGUGUACUCAAUACUUACCUCCACCGACAUACUACGGUUACCAGCCACAGUAUGGUCAAUGUUGGAACGCUGCAACCGACUAUCCUCCAAACGUUAACAACCAAUAUUAGUUAACUAUCACAUUCCCGUGUUAUUCUUACCAUCUUACAUAAUAAUUAUUUGAACAUCGCCUAUAAAGUAAUAUUACAGAUAGGUUCUAAUAUAUAUUAAUAUUAGUGAUGGAUCGAACUGUUCGAAUCUCGAACCGAACUUAACCCUCGAUGUUCAAUUUGGUUCGAAAUUCAAACUCGGCAUGAAAAAAAUUCGAACCGAACUAUCAAACAUAUUUUACUGUUCGAAAAUUGAACUUGAAAAUAUUUUUCAAACCAGACUUACUGGCCACGAUAGUUCAAAAACCAAAUAUUUGUACAAUUAUUAUUCAAAAAUUAUUUUCAAAAAAUAAAAAUUGAUUAUCAUUAUUUAUAAAUAAUUAGACUAUUAGCGAUAGAAAGUUAUAAGCUGUAACAGGCAUUUUAUGUACCAUUUAUAAUAAUAAUGAUAAAAAGUAUUAAGUUCGAGUUCGAGUUCGACUUAAAAUGAUUCUAGGUUCGGUUCAGUUCGGUUCGAUAGAAAAUAUGAAGGUUCGGUUCGGUUCGGUUCGAGUUCAAAAAAAUAAUUUAAAGUUCAGUUCAAGUUCGGUUCGAUUUGAAAAAUCAGGGUUCGACCUAUCACUAAUUAAUGUAUAAUAUGUAUAUGAAUACCAAUAUUUAUCGUACUAUGUAUAAUAAUAUUAUAUUCCCUACGAUUUGUUUUAAGUCAUUGAUUUUCUUCCUAUUUCUUAAUAAUUUUUUUUUACUUUAAUAUUUUUAG